GCGAAACACGCGGGGCAUCUCUGCCCCCGCUCCCUGCAAAGCGGCGCACCUUCGACGAAGGUCACGCUGCCCCCCCCCCCGCCGGAGCAGGGAGGGAGUGUGAGGAGUUUCGGGGGCCGGUUCAGAAAGCGGAGCGCUGGACAAGGUCUGCUGGAAAGAGAUGGACGUGGACUCCAGGAGAUUCCUUCAGAGUAAGCCAGGAGGAUGUGCCCUGCGUCUGAACGUUCCCUUUGAGAAUCGGAAUCAGAGGGAAAUUUUUGAGCUCAACCCUCGACGUAGAGCCAGGGCUGAAAACGGUAGCACCCGGAAUGGGAGGGAAAUGGAGCAGGAUUCUGCUCGAACAGCACACUCCGCUGUGAGUGAGAUGACGCUGCCCGGCCUGCUGAGAUCCUCCAGCAUUUUGUGUGUGUUGCUUGGAAUUCCAGCAUCGUCUGAUUUUCCCUGGCAGAAGGACUGCACACCCAAAGGUCCAGCGAAGAGCAGAGGAAAUGAUGGUCAUCGGAGUCAGGGUAAAGUGCACCCAGCCUGCUGUGACAAGAAGGGCUCUUCUCCCACAGAGAAAUCCAAACGACCUCCACACUACGUCCAAGAGAGUGCUGGAGCUGUUUUGGAUCCAGAUGUGACGGCUGAAGAUUCGAUGUCAAUUUCGUCAUUUCCACAGCUGGAAAGGACAGAAGCCAGUGGGAGGACGGGGUUGCAGACGGUGGGAGUGAUGCCUGGUGAGGGGAGCGAUGCUGCACCCAUCCCCGUCCGCAUCACCCCGAGGGCUCACGAAAUAUGGCAAACGUUGGGGAGCUUUACCCUGCCGCAGGUGGAUGCUGUGCUGCCCAGCAAGAGGAUCCCACCGAUUGAGUUGAGCGACCCAGAACCCCGGGAAAAGAGGAAGAAAACGGCAACAGCAAGUAAUCAGCUCUCAGACAUUUGGGGGGCAGACUCUGUGCUGGACAAGGAGAAGAUUCGAGGGGACGCAGGGGUGAACCGGAAAAAGCACGAGCCUGGAGCCAAGAGGCCGGAGAAUCGCUUUCCCACUAAAGACGAGGAGAUCAGUAAGGGGGCAGACUCCGUGCUGGACAAGGAGAAGAUUCGAAGGGACGCAGGAGUGAACCGGAAAAAGCACGUGCCAGGAGGCAAGAGGACGGAGAAUCUCUUUCCCACUAAAUGCGAGGAGAUCAGUAAGGGGGCAGACUCUGUGCUGGACAAGGAGAAGAUUCGAGGGGAUGCAGGAGUGAACCGGAAAAAGCACGUGCCAGGAGGCAAGAGGCCAGAGAAUCGCUUUCCCACUAAAGACGAGGAGAUCAGUAAGGGGGCAGACUCUGUGCUGGACAAGGAGAAGAUUCGAGGGGACGUAGGAGUGAACUGGAAAAAGCACAUGCCAGGAGGCAAGAGGCCGGAGAAUCGCUUUCCCACUAAAGACGAGGAGAUCAGUAAGGGGGCAGACUCCGUACUGGACAAGGAGAAGAUUCGAGGGGACGCAGGGGUGAACCGGAAAAAGCACGAGCCUGGAGGCAAGAGGCCGGAGAAUCGCUUUUCCACUAAAGACGAGGAGAUCAGUAAGAAAAGGGAAUCUCAUAAGAGCCCUGGGAACAUCAGAGAUGGCGGACACCACUCGAGCAGUUCCGGCUCAAUGGCUGGGAGCACUGGUUGGUCUAGGACGGACGAUCUUGCAGGAGAGCUCUCCAGAUCGAGUGCCCUUUCUGAGAGAGAGAGGCAAAAGAGGCAGAGACACAGGGAAAAGCGUUCAGCUGCGAUCCUCGCCAAGAGGGACAAGCUGAUGAAGAUCUACAAAAUGGACUGUGAGGCCUUUGCCACGGUGGCGAAGCAGUUGAUUGCACAGGACGCGAGCCUGGAGGAACGUGUGGCGUCGGCUGUCAAGAAGAGUUUGCGACUGAUUGGUGAGCGUUGCCUUGCGGAGCUGAAAGGGACCAUUGCGAAGUGGGACGCUGCCAAUCUGCUGAAGAAACGGAGAUGAAUUUUAUCGCACAGUCUACGACCCAGGAGAUGGCUCAUUUUACGUGCCAUUUCCUGUAUCCUUUUUGCAAUUUUUUUUCCCCCCGCUGAUAUUUCUUCCUUUUUGUUCACCCUGCCAUUGUAAUCAUCGUCCAUAUCCAAUGCAGAUGUUGGGCGAUCUAUACAGACGGGAGUUGGGCGCUGGAAUUGAACAAACAAGUGCCAGAAAUGCACAGCGGGCCAAGCAGCCUCUAAGUGGAAGGAAAUGGCUAUCAUUUCAGGUCGACAGUCGUGGAACAGAACUUGUCAUUAAGAGGUAAUUUGCUGGGAAUGGAGGAGUGGAAGGGGAGGAGAGGACAGAGAGGUUUGAUAGGGUAGGAUGGGGAGGAGAGAUGAAAUAACCUGGAGAUGGAAAUGAAAAGUUUUGCUCUCCUCUCUCUAUUUUCCUUUUUCAUCCCUAAACUGAGAAUAUUCCCAAUCUUUUGUGGUUCUGAUGGAUGAUUGUUGACCUGAGACAUGAACGGCUUCUCUCUCCACAAAUGCUGCCUGACCUGCUGGGUAAUUUUACCAUUUUCUGUUUUUCAUGUUCUAGUUUGGAGUUGUAAUUGGAGAUAAUAUUUCAGUCAGGUAGCAGUGGCUCAGCUGCUGGUUAUAUUGAAGCCCCCUGCCUCUCCCGGCACCUCCCCCCCACGGAUUUCUUCUGCCAACAUUUGAAAAUAUUUCUUUUAGUGAGUUCUGGCUUUUUAAGGAAAGUGAAAAGGUGAAGAUUUAUCCUGAGUCAGUCGGUGGAACUAAACAUUGUAACUUGUGACUGAAAUUCUUUCCGUUGAGGUCAAUGGAAUGAAGAGAAUCGUCUUCAAACCUGAUUGCUGAGUGAAUUUCCGGGUAUGCCUUUUCAUGCGGUUGGUGGACAACAGCAGAUUGCUGAAGAUGUGUUUUAUAUUCUUGGCUAUCUUAAGUAGAUUCACCUCUGCCAGUUUUAUAAAAGAAUAAAAUUGUUUUUGACUUACCAGUGGCUGUUCAUGAAUCAGAAUCAGGUUUAAUAUCAUGGGAAUAUUUUGUGAAACUUUUUGUCUUUGCAGAAGCAGUACAAUUCAAUACAUAAUAGAAAAGCAUGAAUUACAGUGUAUAUUUUAUAUGUUAAAUUAAAUAAGUAAUGCAAAAAUAGAAAUAAAAGAAGUGAGGUAGUGUUCAUGGGUUCAAUGUCCAUCCAGAAAUUGGAUGCAGUGGGGAAGAAGCUGUUCCUGAAUAAUUGGAUGUGUGCCUUCAGGCUUCUGUACCUCCUCCCUGAUGGUAGCAGUGAGAAGAGGGUAUGUUCUGGGUGGUGGUGGGGUCCUCAAUUAUGGAUGCCACCUUUUUGAAGCACCAUUACUUGAGGAUGUCCUGGAUACUAUGCAGGCUAGUGCCCUCAGCAUCUUUGACACAGUUCACCUUGUUUGCCACUGAUAUACACGUGGCAAAUAAACUCAAAUCCUAAAUCAACCGUCCCAUUUUCUAUCCUUUCUCAGUAGUCUAUUUCCUCUCAGGCGUCCAGGAAGCGUCCCCGCCCGUCCCUAAUCCUCCUCCCCCCCCUAUAUUAGGGAUAAUUUUCACCUGUCAAUCAAACUACCAACGGGAUGCAGAAGGAAAUCCGAGUUACCGAGGGGGUACAAGGACAAAACUGCAGGAGGAACUCAGCGGGUCAGGCAGCGUCUGUGGAGGGAAAUGGACAGUCACCGUUUCCUCGGGGGAAUGUCUAUGUAGUCACAGGAAGAACGUGCGAACUCCACACGGGUAGCACCGGACAUCAGGAUUGAAC